CACACACACACACACACAAACGAACAGACGCCAACUCACUCAAAUAGUGUAAAGGCAUUUGGAAGAUGGAUAAGCGGGGCUGUUUUCCACUGUGUUCUACAACCUGUGUGUUGAGUUGUAUUAUGCAAUGAAAGUAAUCCCGUUGGCUGUAACUUUUCUCCGAGUCUCUUCAUUUCAGUGUUUGCUGAAGUUGAGCAUUUUCCUUACAUUAGCAGAGUCUCUUUGUUGUGUUUUUAAAGUGUGAACAUGUCUAAACUCCAAAUGCUGAGAUUGUUGGUGAAGCAGCGACUAACUGUGGCUGCUGAAGAGAUAUUUGGGCUGUUUGAAAGAAUGAUAGCAGAGUACGAGGAGGAACUUUGUCGAUCAAAAGAGGAGAACGAGCGACAACGGAAACUACUGGACGCUGUUUUCAACCCUCAGCUUCGGUUACACAGAGCAGACGUCCAGCAGCUGUCGGUGGUUAAAGAAGAGGUUCCCCCUGAGCAGCAGGAGUGGAGCUCCAGUGUGGACCAGGAGGACCCAGAGCCUCCACACAUUCAAGGGGAACAGGAGGAACUCUGGAUCAGUCAGGAGGGAGAGCAGCUUCAAGGGCUGGAGGAGGAUGAUAUCACCAAGUUCACAUCCACUCCUGUCCCUGUGAAGAGUGAAGAUGAUGAAGAGAAACCUCAGUCCUCACAGCUUCAUCAAAGACACACUGAACAGAUGGAAACAGAAGCAGAGGGAGAGGACUGUGGAGGAGCAGAACCAGCCAGGAACUCAGAUCCAGAUACACAUUUACAACCAGAGACUGAUGACAGUGAUGAUUGGACGGAGACCAGAGAACCUCAGUCAGACGUCCAGCAGCUGUCGGUGGUUAAAGAAGAGGUUCCCCCUGAGCAGCAGGAGUGGAGCUCCAGUGUGGACCAGGAGGACCCAGAGCCUCCACACAUUAAAGAGGAACAGGAGGAACUCUGGAUCAGUCAGGAGGGAGAGCAGCUUCAAGGGCUGGAGGAGGAUGAUAUCACCAAGUUCACAUCCACUCCUGUCCCUGUGAAGAGUGAAGAUGAUGAAGAGAAACCUCAGUCCUCACAGCUUCAUCAAAGACACACUGAACAGAUGGAAACAGAAGCAGAGGGAGAGGACUGUGGAGGAGCAGAACCAGCCAGGAACUCUGAUCCAGAUACACAUUUACAACCUGAGGCUGAAGACAAGACUGUAGCGUCUUCUGAACCUGAGACUGAUGACAGUUAUGAUUGGAAGGAGACCAGAGAACCUCAGUCAGGUUUAAACUCUCUGAAAAAUGAUGAAGUCCCUGUCAGUGAUUUGAUUGUUUGUGGGAAAAGAUUUGAUUACAGAGGAGAUUUGAAGAUACACAUGAGAUCUCAUACAGAAGAGAAACCAUUUAGCUGUUCUCUGUGUGGGAAAAGAUUUGGUCACAGUGGAGUUUUGAAGAAACACAUGCAAACUCACACAGGAGAGAAACUAUUUAGCUGCUCUGAGUGUGGGAAAAGAUUUGGUCACAGUGGAGUUUUGAAGAAACACAUGCGAACUCACACAGGAGAGAAACUAUUUAGCUGCUCUGAGUGUGAGAAAAGCUUUGGUCAAAGUGGAGAUCUGAAAAAACACAUGAGAUCGCAUACAGGAGAGAAACCAUUUAGCUGCGCUGAGUGUGGGAAAAGAUUUGGUUACAGUGACGUUUUGAAGAAACACAUGAGAACUCACACAGGAGAGAAACUAUUUAGCUGCUCUGAGUGUGGGAAAAGAUUUGGUCAAAGUGGAGAUCUGAAAAGACACAUGAGAUCUCAUACAGGGGAGAAACCAUUUAGCUGCUCUGAGUGUGGGAAAACAUUUGGUUACAGUGUAGAUUUGAAGAAUCAUGUGAGAGCUCAUACUGGCAAGAAACCAUUUAGCUGUUCUGAGUGUGGGAAAAGAUUUGGUUACAGGGCAGAUCUGAAGAAACACAUGAGAACUCACACAGGAGAGAAACCAUUUAGCUGCUCUGAGUGUGGGAAAUCAUUUACACAAAAUGGAUAUUUACAUACACACAUGAAAAUUCAUGACGGAGAAAAGUGAUCUAGCUGUUCAGUCUGACAGCCAAGCUGGGUCAAAACCUGUUAUCCGGUGGUGACUGGACUUUUGCUGCUUAUCAGGGGCAGGGCAUGCAGCACUGUGACUCUUUUCUGUACUUGGAUCCAGAGCGGGAGAGCUAUUCUGGCUGCUAAAUUCUUAAACUAAUUUGAUCUUAGUUUUCUUUUAAGAAAUCUGCACAAAGCAGGUGCCCCAUGUACAAGUCUGUUGCCGCAGUGGCCCGGGUUCGACUCCAGCCUGUGGCCCUUUGCUGCAUGUCAGUCACUCUCUCUCUCCCCCCUUCACACUUGUCUGUCCUAUAUUUGCAGGGCUUGCACUGUUUAAAUGCAGAAAAUAUGUGUUGAAUUUAUUGAAAUGUUAUGUUUACAGAAGAUGGAGCUUACAUGUUGUUUUACAGUCACACUGUCUGGUCUGAGGGCUACAAUAUUCUUAGAAUUUUCUGCAAUUUUAUUGGAGUCCAUGUUUUGAAACUAAUUAAAUAAAACUAAACAAGAGAACUGAAACAUUUGCAGCUGUUGUUAUAAUAUUCAGUAUGAUUUUUAUAGCAAGUGAUUACAUGACUUAUUUUUUGGAGGCAGUAGUUUAACUUUUUUUUUAUUAUUUUUUUCUCCUGACUUUCAAUUUUUGUCAUUUGCUGCAUUUUUAUAGCAAUUUUUGACAAAAUUGGCCGCAAAUUCAAGGUUUUUCUGUUGCGAGAUCCUGGAGGGACUGGUCUUGUAACUGA